AUGGCAAAUGCUCAAAGCAAUCCCAUGUCUGAAUAUGAUUUUGCUGAUUUGACAGACGAUAUAUCAUCAGAACAGGGCGAAAUAAUGCAUAACAUAGCAAUCCAGCGUAUGGAACCAAAUUUACUGAUGAUACUCAAUGGAUAUCAGUUGGAAAAGGAAGUUCUUGAACGAUUUGCAGCAGCUGGAAUAAAAUAUAGCCAACUUGCUGGUUUGAGUUCAGAAGAUUUGACCUUGCUCGGAAUUACAGACAAUAAGUUGCAAGAAAAUAUGCUGUUAAAUUUUAAAAGUCUAGAAGCACAGGAGCCUUAUCACGAAGGAGUUAUUAGUGCUAUUCGUAAUCCGAAAUCAGCAGCAGUUCAAGAAGUUUCAGUGAUAGAUCUUUUGCAAAAUCAGUUACGAAGUAUGAAUUUGCUCCUUACUGCAACUCUUCUUAAGAUUGGAUCUGAUAAAAGUUCACAGUCUCCUGGUGUUGUUGUCAACAACAGUUUCAACUCUCCACAAGCAGUUCUUGAUAUGCUUGAAGAAAUGACUGAUCAUACAAAUCAAAUGACUGAACUGAUUCGAAAAAUGCAAGACGAACAAGAAAUGAGUGAAAAGAAGAAAGCUCUGAAGAAGAAGUCUUUGAAGGAAAUUGCAUUCGAUAGCUUGCUCGUUGCUUCUGGAAUUAUUGCUGGGGUUUUCUUAGCUAAAAUAUUGCGCGCAUACUCCAAAGCAUGA